GCAGUGGUUCGCAGCAGCAGCAGACUGCCUGCUGGCACAGGAUGAUGGGCGCUUUCCUGGCAGAUGCCGUACUGCAGUACCACGGCUUGCCGUGCGGGUUGCCGUACAUGGACUUGCUGAGGCUUGCGGAGGUGCUGUCGUACAUGCAGGAGUCCGUGCUCCUGCUAUACCGUACGGAGGCCUCCGGCAGCACCGCCGCAACUACUCGUAGCACAGCAGCAGCUACCACCUCUGCCGUACAACCCUUACCUUCAGCCUUCCCUGGCUGCUGUCUGAGCCUGUUGGCGGCACAAGGGCUCCUGCGAUGUGUACGGCAGGUGACAGAAAAGGUUGUCAGACCGCGGGUGGAGAAAUCGCUUGUUGUUACAUUGAUGGAGAGACUAAAGCAACGAGACAUGGCCGCAGCGGCUGCCACUGCUGCUAAGACAGCAGCUGCUGCUGCCGGUGGUGGCGGCGGAAGCGGUAAGCGCAGCAACGGGCAGCGGUCUUCCUCCUCAACACCCAACCAACCGUCAACUUCAACUGCCGCAACCGAGACUCAGCAGCAGGUAGGACGGCUGCCAUCUCUCGCGGACGUUACUGUUGCAGUACGGCGUACGGAGGACGACCUCGUACGGCGAAUGCUGGACUGUGUCGUGAAGUUGCAUUUCCAGCUGUUGAAGGAGGCUGCUGCUGCUGCUGCCGGUACGGCGUCGGGGGCGGGGGUGGCGGCUGAAUCGGUUACAGCGGAGGAGGCCGCAUCGAUGUUUCAGAAGCGCCACGUGGCAGCGGCGAAGGCGGCGGUUCGCAGUUACCUGGAGACGGCGGCGCAACGCGAGCUGCUCUUACAGCAGCUGCUACGGCAGCGGCAGCUUGAGGAGCAGCAGCAGCAGCAGCAGCAGCAGCAGGCGUUGCGGCGGCUGCAGAAGCGGGGUGCUGGCAGCGGCAAAAUGCCGUCGGGCAUGGGCGGCGGAAGCGGCGGCGUUGAAACAUUCGUUUACGAAGAAAUCUACAAGGAUCUGGAUCUGAUGGAGGCGAUUGCUCAAGCGGCGAUAGCACGGAGG